AGAUGAUCAGUGCAGAAUGAAGGUCCCAGGAGAAAGGCUCACGUGGUUUUCUCUGCCCCGUGACGUCACUAGCAGAUGGCAUGGGUACCAGCUCUGGCAGUUGGCAUCAAUGUCACUUUUUAGAGAUCAAUGAGAUAGUGCAGAUAUACACAGAUCUAGACUCCAGGAGACGAUGCGACACUCAGACUGAAAAGAUUUGGAAGGCAAAAAAUGAAAACUGAUUGUUGAAUGAAAUAAAAAGCUAAGGUAACUUAAGAUUAUAGAACCAUGCUAACACUACCGUUUGAUGAGUCUGUUGUAAUGCCAGAAUCCCAGAUGUGCAGAAAGUUUUCCAGAGAAAGCGAUGACCAAAAGCAAAUGAAGAACCCAGAAAGCUUUUCAAAGCAGAUUGUACUCCGAGGAAAGAAUAUUAAAAGAUCUCCUGGAGAAGACACAGAGAAAGAGGAGGAAGAGGAAGAGAGGGAAGAGGAGGAUGAGAAUGGCUUGCCCAGGCGACGGGGCCUUCGGAAAAAAAAGACAAGCAAGAUCAGGAUGGAAAGGAUCAAAUUCAGGCGACAAGAAGCCAACGCGCGAGAAAGGAACAGGAUGCACGGUCUUAAUGAUGCCCUGGACAAUUUAAGGAAAGUGGUCCCUUGUUACUCUAAAACACAAAAACUGUCUAAAAUAGAAACCUUAAGACUAGCCAAGAACUACAUUUGGGCUCUUUCCGAAAUCCUGCGAAUUGGCAAGAGGCCUGACCUUCUCACCUUCGUCCAAAACUUGUGCAAGGGUCUGUCCCAGCCAACGACAAACUUAGUGGCGGGAUGCCUGCAGCUGAAUGCCCGAAGCUUUCUGAUGGGCCAGGCAGGUGAAGGCGCCCAUCAUGCCCGCUCACCCUACUCCACCUUCUACCCCCCCUACCACAGCCCCGAGCUUGGCACCCCCCCAGGGCACGGGACUCUCGACAACUCCAAGUCCAUGAAACCCUACAACUACUGCAGCGCGUACGAGUCCUUCUAUGAGAGCACUUCCCCCGAGUGUGCCAGCCCACAGUUUGAAGGUCCCUUAAGUCCUCCCCCAAUUAACUAUAAUGGGAUAUUUUCCCUGAAGCAAGAAGAAAGCUUGGACUAUGGCAAAAAUUACAAUUACGGCAUGCAUUACUGUGCAGUGCCACCCAGGGGUCCCCUUGGGCAGAGCUCGAUGUUCAGGUUGCCUACAGAGAGCCACUUCCCUUACGACUUACAUCUGCGCAGCCAGUCUCUCACCAUGCAAGAUGAAUUAAAUGCAGUUUUUCAUAAUUAAUGAGGAAAAUGAAAAUAAACAGUGGUCAUUCACCUCCCCAUCUAAUUAAGAGCGAGCAGAUGCUUGGGCACUGCGUAAUUGGCACAACUCUAUUUAACGUGUUUACUAGUUUCUAAAGUGUGUUUCAACUAUUGUGGAGAUUUUCUAUGUAUUAAAAAAUCCUUUUUCAGAUAAGUA